CGUAAGUCGGAAAUGUCGGAAGACUUUUAAGGUGGUGCUUGUCAAGCUAAGAAGCUAGGUCGUUAGCAAUCAGUUGAGUACAAGUCAGAGUUACAGACAGCAAUGUCUAGCGACACGACUGUGCUCAACAUUUUCGUCUGACUGCAUAUUGGAGAGGACGGAGUGGAAAUGGCUGCGGUUUCGUUUUAUUGCACAUUUGUAGUCUCUCUUACCUAAACAACACUUACGCUAACGUUAGCCUGUUAGCAUCCCUGGUCGUUUACUGCACCAGCCCCACCACUGUCGCUCUGCACGGAUUCCCAAUUCAGCUGAUUUAAGGAGUAUCACACGUUUACGAGAUGUUCCUGGUGGGACUGACUGGAGGUAUCGCCUCAGGGAAAAGCACAGUGUCUUCAAUGCUGCGGGAGCUUGGGUGCCCCAUUAUUGAUGCUGAUGUUGUGGCCAGGAAAGUGGUGGAGCAGCACACUCCGGCCUACUCCCGCAUCGUCUACCACUUUGGGCCGGAGAUCCUACUGGAGAACGGCGAGAUCGACAGGCAGAAGCUCGGUCAGCUCAUCUUCGCCAACGAGGAAAAGAGGAAGCUGCUGAACUCCAUCACCCACCCAGAGAUCCACAAAGCAAUGCUCAAAGAGAUCCUGUUCUACUUUCUCAGAGGGUACCGCUAUGUAGUGCUGGAUGUGCCCCUUCUCUUUGAAACAAGACGUCUCACUCAGUUUCUGAACCACACUGUAGUUGUUUACUGUGACCCUGCCACUCAGCUUCUGCGGCUGAUGCAGAGGGACGCCCUGACACAGGAGCAGGCCGAGCAGCGCGUGGCUGCACAGAUGCCGCUCAACGAAAAGCGCGGCUUGGCCAAUCACGUUGUCGAGAACUCAGGCGGCCGAGAGGACACCCACCGGCAGGUCCUGCGAUUGCACACAAAGCUGGAGGACUCCAUGGACUUCCUCUUAGUGAGGGUCAUUGCUAUUGUUGCCACUACUGGUCUGGGUGGGAUACUGCUGUAUGCAACUAAGAUACUUUUGUCCUAACAGAUAACACAUGAGGGGAAGAAAGAGUUUGGCUUCACGAUGCGGUCAAAGACGAGGGAGUUAGUAGAAGCAGGCGAAGGCACUUCAGGAGGUCCCGAUGCAAUUUACUGUGAGAUUAGUUUCACAGCACCCACCACUACAGUUCAGUGGCGUGACACGCUCUGUUUGCAGUUAACACUGACUUACAUUAUUGACACAACACACACUAGACAAAUGUGGUUUAGUGUGAAGGCUUUGAAUGUGCAAUUUCACUUGGUUUUACUCGGAGACAUUAAAAACAUGAAGGUGACACACACACACACUGUAUGAGCUUCCCAAUUCAGAAAAUAUGAAGCAUAUUAAGUUUGUUUCAGUUUUUAGGGCCGAAAAACAGUUUGGGGCCGAAAAACUGGCUGUACUUUUUAUCUCGGUGCAGCAUGCAACACAUAACUAACGUCAGGUAAAAACCGAUCAUUGUAGAAACUAAGACAUUUUAUUUUGUUACACCUUUAAAGAUAUCCAAAUGAGACAUUUUGGGUGAUGGUGUAGAUUGUUGAAUAAAACCAGAGCAAAGGAACAAAUACACGGCUGCACAUCCUGAACAACUGUAGAUGUAAAUAUAGUCACGGGUGUAUUUGCAACCUCAUCAACCUAUCCCCAAUCAUGAAUAUGUUUUAAAUUGGAUGAGAACAAAAAAUGUAAUGCCCAAUAUGAAUGAUCUGACGCUUACAGAAUAUAUUAUGAUUAUAGGGUUAAUAGGAACAGAAUGUAUUUGACAAUCCGUUUGUAAUGGGAACAGAAUGAAUAGACUUUAUAUAUAUUUACUGAAUCACUGUAUUUUCUUACACUUGAAUCUCCUUGCUGUAAAUACUAAGUGUGUGAUUUUCAGUGCAACACUCACUUGUCACUAAAACACAACAUCUGUAACAGCUGCUUAAAAUGAAAUGUAAAAGCUACUGUUGUAAAGUAACAACUGUCAGACGGGGGAUGUCUUUUGUCCUGAACUUAUAACAUUAUUAAAUAUUCACUCUGACA